CACUAUGAGAGUUGUCUCCCUUGUAGGCCAUAGAAGAAAAGUUGGCGCUUAACAUGAAUGUUUAUAGUCGUUUAUUGGUGAAAAAUUACAUUUCUAAUGGAAAGCAAUGAACGAACAUCAACCAAAAUGCAAGAAAGUUUCACUGCCUGGAUGAAAGUGGCAGUUGCAGUAGCUGUAAUCCGAAGUGCGCCCACCCACAUGAAGGGGAGAGAAUAUGCAGAAAAACUGGCACAGAUGUACCAGCACUUACAGUACCAGUGGAAAACCAAGUAUCAAAAGGCAGAAGGCGAACUUCUUCAUUUGAAACAGCAGAUGAUUUUUAAAAAUCCUCAACAAUCAACUAGUGUCCAAUUAAAUUCUGAUAUGGCUGAAAGUCAACCACUGUUUCCCACCCCACCAAGUUCAAGUCACACAGUCGAGUCUUCAUCCACACUGCCGUUACCAUACGAUGAACUGAAUAAAAACACACAAUUUCUGCAAAGUGUCAUAAACAUACAGCGAACGGCCAACAAAAAUCCACAAGGUCAAAUGCUGGACAGCGUUACAUCGAAGACAGUGCACCAAUGUGUCAGAGUGGUUCGAGAGAUGCUCUUAGCGGAUCGACCACUGGUCUCCAUCACAAACAUGAAAUGGUCACUCCAGUGCAUCAUCACUCUUGUGGACAGUGGCAAGUUCAAUCAAGACACCGAGCUGAAUAAUCAGAUUAAUGGGAUUAUCGAAGAUCUUGUACAGAAGAUGAUGUCUACAAAUGGGAUAGACAAGGAAUCAUUAACUACCAAGAAAAACUUAGAAAUACUGCUGACCUGUUUAUCCGAGACCCAAUCAUUCAGUCUCUUUGAGACUGUUCUUGACCACCUAAUGAAAGCGAUUGAAGAAUUCUGCAACACCUUGAGGCAAUGUUGCAGUGGGGAGGAAUCCAUAAACGUAGAGCAGUACGAAAACGUGCAUCACAUCAUAGCUGUGCUGGAGGUGUGCCUUCACAGUGGUAAAGUACUGCUGACAACUCCUAGAGGAAACUAUCUGUCGGAGAACAUCCAGCAGAGACUAGACAGCACACUUCUUCACAUAACAGAAAAAUACCCACUGGUGGCACAUUCGGUGUGGAGAAUUGGAGCGGUGUUGCAAAUGGUCAUCAGGCCCACAUAAUUAAAUGUUUUUUCCAGGUAUCGUUGCUGUACAACCCAGGACUUUUCAGUUAGCAAGGGAUCGUUAUAUAUCCCCAACCUCCGUUUUAACAAGACAUAUCAAAGAACACGUUUUUCUUUUCCCAGUGUCAAACAAUUAUGAGAGUAAAGCAUCAAUCUCGCAGGUUCAAGGCCAUAAAUCUGUCAAUAGGCAGAACGUAGUCCAGUGGUAGUGGUUUGAUUUGUAAUCAGUUUGGGAUCACUCGUUGGGCGAUUUCUCAUUCCAGCCAGUGCAACACGACUGGUAUAUCAAGUCUUGGUAUGUUAUGUGCUAUUCUGUCCAUGUAAUAGUGUAUAUAAAAGAUCCCUUGCUACUAAUGCAAAAUGUUUCCUCUCUAAGACUGUCAAAAUUACGAAAUGUUUGACGUCCAACUGCUAAUAAAUCAAUGUGCAACAAUUGUUUGUUUAGAAAGAAUGGCUAUGUAUUUACAAGCAUUUUCUAGAAGAAAAUUGUAAUGUGAAUUCUUGCUUUGUGUAUAUGUAAAUAAAAUAAUAUUACUAGUGUCAUAUUUUAAAAACUGUUACAGACUGUGAUAAUGAAAUGGAUCAUUUAUUGUUUUUACAAUGUUACUUAUUUUGUCCAUGGUUGAGGACCAUCCAUAUAAAUAAAACUAGUUCCAA